CUGAGGCCGGAGCCAUCUGUCACGCCCUUCGAGAUCCGGGACAGCAGGGCGCGAGGCCUCCGGCGGAGACACCGCAGGCUUUUCACAGCACAGAGACGCUCAGACUGGACAAUUUCAUUUGACAAUUCUUCAACUUUGCUGAUUCUUUCUUCUGCGUCCCCAAAUCUUCUGUUAAGCCUUUCUGAGCAAUUUCAAUUCACAGCAAAACUGACGGAAAGGUUUGGGAAUGAUCUCCACAUUUUGAAUAAGCUGUUUGUUCUGGAUGCUGGGGCUUCUGGGUCUAAGGACAUAAAGGUACUUCGAAGUCACCUGCAAGAAAUACAGAGCCAGAUUGUUUCGGUCUGCCCUCCCAUGACUCACCUGUGUGAGAAAAUCAUCUCCACGCUGCCUUCCUGGAGGAAGCUCAAUGGGCCCAACCAGCUGAUGUCGCUGCAGCAGUUCGUGUAUGACGUGCAGGACCAGCUGAACCCCCUGGCCAGCGAGGAGGACCUCAGGCGCAUCGCUCAGCAGCUGCACAGCACAGGCGAGAUCAACAUCAUGCAGAGCGAAACGGUGCAGGACGUGCUGCUCCUGGACCCCCGCUGGCUCUGCACCAGCGUCCUGGGGAAGCUGCUGUCCGUGGAGACCCCGCGGGCCCUGCACCAUUACCGGGGCCGCUACACCGUGGAGGACAUCCAGCGCCUGGUGCCCGACAGCGACGUGGAGGAGCUGCUGCAGAUCCUCGACGCCAUGGACAUCUGCGCCCGCGACCUGAGCAGCGGGACCAUGGUGGACGUCCCCGCCCUGAUCAAGACGGACAACCUGCACCGCUCCUGGGCCGACGAGGAGGACGAGGUGAUGGUGUACGGCGGCGUGCGCGUGGUCCCGGUGGAGCACCUCACGCCCUUCCCGUGCGGCAUCUUUCACAAGGUGCAGGUGAACCUGUGCCGCUGGGUGCACCAGCAGAGCACGGAGGGCGACGCGGACAUCCGCCUGUGGGUGAACGGCUGCAAGAUCGCCCACCGCGGCGCCGAGCUGCUGGUGCUGCUGGUCAACCACGGCCAGGGCGUCGAGGUGCAGGUGCGCGGUCUGGAGACGGACAAGAUCAAGUGCUGCCUCCUGCUGGACUCGGUGUGCAGCACCAUCGAGAACGUCAUGGCCACCACGCUGCCCGGGCUCCUGACCGUGAAGCACUACCUGAGCCCCCAGCAGCUGCGGGAGCACCACGAGCCCGUCAUGAUCUACCAGCCGCGGGACUUCUUCCGGGCGCAGACGCUGAAGGAGACCUCCCUGACCAACACCAUGGGCGGGUACAAGGAGAGCUUCAGCAGCAUCACGUGCUUCGGGUGCCACGACGUCUACCAGCAGGCCAGCCUCGGCAUGGACAUCCACGCGUCCGACCUGAACCUCCUGACGCGGAGGAAACUCAGCCGCCUGCUGGACCCGCCCGACCCCAUGGGGAAGGACUGGUGCCUUCUCGCCAUGAACUUGGGCCUCCCCGACCUCGUGGCCAAGUACAACACCAACAACGGGGCUCCCAAGGACUUCCUCCCCAGCCCGGUCCACGCCCUGCUGCGGGAGUGGACCUCCUACCCCGAGAGCACGGUGGGCAUCCUCAUGUCCAAACUGAGGGAGCUGGGUCGCCGGGAUGCGGCCGACUUCCUGCUGAAGGCAUCCUCCGUGUUCAAAAUCAACCUCGACGGCAACGGCCAGGAGGCCUAUGCCUCAAGCUGCAACAGUGGCACCUCUUAUAAUUCCAUUAGCUCGGUCGUGUCCCGGUGAGGGCAGCUUCUGGCUUGGGCAGGGUCUCUUUGGACUGCAGAGCAAGGGGGGUGCAGCCCAUCCUUCCCACUGGAGAUGCCCAGGGCAUUCCUUCCUACCUGCAUCCCGAGGGACCCCCGCCCCCACUCCACCUGCUCCUCUGCCCCUGCUACCGCCCUGCCUCUCGCAUUCCCUUGUCUCUGGAUGGUCUUCCCAGUUUCAGAGCAGAGCAGAUCCUUUGCUUUGGCCGUUUGAAAAGCUAGUGUAGCUCCUCUCAGUGUUUUGGACUCCAUCUCUCGUCCUCCGAUACCUUGCUUUUAAUGCAAUUUUACUGGAAUUCCUAAUUUUCAAUCAAAUUUUUUAACUACUAUAUUGAUUGUCCUUUAAAAACAGAAAAGCGCAUGUUUAUCCAAAAUGUGUAUUUCUUAUACUCUUUCCUUCGUUAUACCAUCUCCUCAGCUUAUCUCUUUUAUAUUUGUAGGAGAAACUACCAUGUAUGGAAUCCCACUGUAUAAUUUACAGACAAUAUGUGAGUGCCUUUUGCAGAAGAGGGUGUGUUUGAAACCAUCAGAGUCAGCCAGGAGCUGUCACCAAGGAAAUGCUACCUCUCUGUCCCUUGCUGUAUGCUGAUCACCGCCAGAGGUGCUUCACCCUGAAUUUUGCUGUU